AUGAAGGUGGAUGGAUCAGGAGAUGAGGAGAGUCCGGAGGACAGUCAGGAGUUGGAGGAGGGAGAGCUCGUUGAAGAGAUCGAUUCUUAUCAAGAAGCGGUAGAUCAGGAGGAGGUCCUAGAAGAAGGAGAGAUAGUCGAAGAGCUCGAGCAGAAUCCAGAAACGGCUGAUCAGGAGGUCCUAGAAGAAGGAGAGCUCGUCGAAGGGCUCGAGAACAAUCCAUAA